AUGGUUUAUAAGAAAGGCUUACAUGGGCCGAAUGCCGAAAACCGAGGACCGCCUGGUAUUCGCAUUGAAAGACGAUUUACUCUGGACGAGGAUACACAAUCUCUUGGUGCUCCACCUACAGUGCCCAAUAAUCCUCCACCAGCUGAUGAGAUUUCCAAUGGAACUACAUCAAGCCGUGAAAUUCAAUCAGAAUCACGAUUUUUUAAAUCAGAAUCAAAAGCUAACUCAACUAAGUCUGAAAGGACGAGCUAUGUGGAAGAGCCAGCCUCUAACACCUCAACCAUUGAACGUAGAGAACAGAAAAUAGAAAAACAGAGAUCUCUUGUUAGAAGGAUAACAAAUGAUAUGCAACUCGCUCAAUAUGCUCAAAAAAUGGAUUUACUGCAACAAACACAUCCAACAGUCGUCUACAGUGGUGGUGUGUUCACUCAGGCAGUAUACAGAAUCCGUUCAUUAUCUUUCAUUGAAUCAGGUCUUCGUCGUAUGUUAUGGUAUUUAGGAAAAUUAGUAGCUAAUCAUACAUUUCUAUUUUCGGUCAUUCCUCUCAUCUUACUAGCUUUAUCUGUAGUUGGCCCUGUAGUUAACAGGGAUAAACUCUUCAUCUCAUUGCCAUUUAGCCAUUUAUUCGGCAAAAGUGACGUCAUUAGUAACGGUUAUGGAGUUUCACGAUCUGCUUCCGCUUCCUUCUUGAGCAGCAAUCCAGCAUUCACUGCUUUGAACUGUCUCGAUCAAAAUAGUUAUGCUGUUUUGAUGAAAACAAUAAACAACAAGGAUUCCAUUCUGCGACGGGAUGCUGUCUUGGCUUACACUGUGCUAAAACGAAAAAUUGAUGAUUUUCCAAAUGCUAGACGUGAUUUCUUGGAAAGCUGCUCAGCUACUUGUGAACUAGAGAAAGAGAUGGUUGAUAGAAUCAUCAAGAAGAGUCCUCAAGUUGCACUGACAUAUCCGGAAACCUUUGUGAGCAUGAGCAAAGAUUCAAGCAAUUUGAGCCGAGUUUACCUUGGUUCAGCUAUCGGAGGCGUGGAGACAGACACAGAUGGAGCUAUAUCACGUGCGCAGUCAUUCCUUAUGACUUUCCAAAUCCGUGAUGAUUUGGAUGGCAAUCAAAAGGAGAUGUGGACGAAGAACUUCAUUGAUCAAAUCAAUCAUACAUCAGCUGGAAAUAUAAGCUUCUUCCCAUGGUCGCCAUCAUCAUUCCAUGCGUCGAUCAUAGAUUCUUUGACCUCAACACAUCAAGUUUUACUUCUGUCUGCUGUCGUUGUUGCUCUCUUCUGUUUCAUUGCGAGUUUCACAUCAAACGCCUAUCAGAGUAAACCGUUGGUCGGUUUCCAAAUUGGAUUCCUCAUAUUGGCAACAUGUGCUUUCGGAUUAUUUGUUCAAUCAGCUUUUUCAUUCAUUUAUAAUCCAAUGCUAUGGCCGGUCUUUUUCGUUGUUGUUGCCAUUGGACUUUUGUAUUCGUUCCAUCUUCAUCUAUCUUGGUCACGAUUCUCGUUUGCCAGCUUACAUCCAACUGAGAAGAUUGCCUUCAUUCUAUCAUAUGAUGGUCCAGGAAUAGCUUCUGCCAUAACCAUCAUAUCACUUAGCUUCGGUAUUGUUGGAAUUUUUGUGAAAAGCAUACACAUGCAAUCAACUUUCGUCACACUAUCAUCAGCUGUGGCAGCCUUACUCUUCAUGUUGUUCAUGUUUUUGGCUGUUUUCCUAUAUAUGGGUGGACGACGUGAAGCCAAAGGAGUCAAAUGGUUCCAAUGUUUCAAAACGGGCGAUACGCACUUCACAGCUCCAAAUUUGUCGGAUUACGAUACAUCAUCGUUGUUUUCGUUACAUGACCGUUUAUUGGAUAAUCGACCAUCAUUGAGUCGUGUACUCGCUUCACAGCUUAUCAUUUCUAAGAUUCGCUACCCAUUAGUAUUCAUAUGUACCGUUUACCUUCUGAUUGCCGCAUGGGGAUGCUCCAACGUUCGUGUUGAUCUUCGUGAAGAGUAUUUCCUACCAGCGGAAUCAUCUCCAAGUAUAUUCUUGAAAGAUUACAAAGAAAUGUACGGAAAGACUAAGGAAUAUCUUGAGGUCAUUAUUGACCAGCCCAUUGACUAUCACGAUGAUUUAAUUCAAAAACAGAUAUCAGAUUUAUUAGAUUGGGCAGUGUCAAACGGUUUCGCUGCCAGAGCCAUUAGUUGGCUCAACGAGUUCAAGAAGUUUGAGAAAGACAGUAUCUAUGAUGUCAACACAGAUACGUUUGUCCCUGUUGUCAAUUUGGUAUUCUUAACAACUGAUAGCUACAAGAGAUUUUCAUCGGAUAUCACUCUCGAUCGUUUUCAAACUCAGAUAGUCCGGUCUCGUAUGUACUUGGAAUUAACAGCUAAAGGAGUCAACGACAGGAGAGUUAUGGUGGAACAAAUUCUAGAGAAGGCGUCUAGAGCUCAUCUACCUGUUUCUGUGAAAGCACCAUUCACUUUGUCGCUUCUGCAUGAUAUGCAGACCGUGAGCACAGUUCUAGUUGCUUUGGGAAUUCUGAUGGUUUGCCUGUUCCUCUUUUCGUUAUUGUGUUUUGGUCAACCAGCUCUAACUUUCUUACUUCUAUUUACUUCUGCUGCUGUUGUUAUGGAGUCAGUUGGAUACGCUGUACUUUGGAGUGUCCCUCUUAAUAUCAUCACUUUUACUAUGAUUCUAGCAGGAAACGCCCUAACGUGCGCAAUCGUAAUAUCCUUCUGCUUUUCUUAUUCAGCAUCCGGGAAGGGACAACAGAGAGCGAUGACUCGCAUGCAAUAUACCUUCCAGGCAACUUUCUAUCCUGUCUUGUUUGCAUGUGCAGUACCAAUCAUCAGUUACUUACCGUUGUUCUUGAUAGGCUCACCUAUCAUCAUUCAUAUCUGGAAAGUGCUUCUCAUCAAUUCUGGAGCUUGCAUCUUCCAUUAUUUAUUCUUCUUACCAAACUUGAUGAUAUUCUUAUCAGAGCAUUCAUCGUUAUCUUGCUUCUCCUUCUCCUGCUACGAAUGCUGUUGUGAUAUCGAUGACGAUAAUUCCAUCUAUUAUAUUCCCACAACAGGAAGAGUAGUACAUCCAAAUGAUGGCAUUUAUCAAACAUCCUAUGCUUACUCAGUGACAGCUGGAAUACAUCCUUCUCCCCCGAAUUACUUAGCUAUUGGCCCUCCUAGUAGCGUAUAUGGCGAGUCGAAGAAGAGUCACAGGUCUCGUCGGUCUCGACGUAAUAGUGAAUCAUCAAUUGGAGAAGCUCCACCUUCAUCAAAGAUGGGCAGAAGGCGUAGAAAAGAUUACUCAGUGAGCUCAAGAAAUGACUCAAUUUAUGAAGCUCCGCCCAGUCCAAGACAGCCAUCACGAAGUGAAUCACCAAGAAGGGCAUCACAUAUGAAUAUUAGUCAAUCUGAGUCAAAUAAUAGAUAUUAUGAUAAUCAGUUACCAAAUAUGGGACAAUGGAGGCCAUUCGUACCAACCCAGCCAUUUGUCUUCUAUCCAGGAAUACCAAGAGGAUAUCAAGGAGCUCCUCGUUAA